UGACAUAUCUCAGUGAAAUCCCACAAGCGCACGAAGCCGCGUAUUGGAUUAGCGCGCGUAGUUUGUGUACUGUUAGUGAAGAUUGGUAUCGUGAUGCAAACGCACGGCAACUUGACAGCGAGCUACUUGUGGCAGCCGGGCGAGUUCGCCCGUCGCAUGCUGGGGGAACGACCAUCGCCCGUUCCACCGACUAGGGAACUGUGGCCUCCUCCGCAACAACCCUUGAGUAUCAGCACCCUGCAUAUUGCUUAUCUGCAAGAUGAGCCUUUACCCAGACGCGCAGCGACUUUGCCUUGCCAAACGUUUCCUGCUACCAUCAAUGUUGAGCAGGAGUACAGCAGGCCACGAGUGUGUACCGUUGGAACUAACACCGAACCACCUCCCACUAUAUUCACCAGGAUGAGACAGCUUAUAAAACGUAGUCAAAAUGAACCUGACAAGACGAUCGUCCCAAGUUGUCCACCAACCGGACGUCUAACUGCUGUACCACGAGAAACCACAUUCGAUAUAAAAGAAGAUGAAAAUUCGGCACGACGGGCGUUUAACGGAAUAAAAAAAGCGAUAUCAGGAGUGAAAUAUCGGGUGGCUCCAGGCUCGGAGGUUGUGGAUAGCCCAAAAAUUGUAUAUCACGUGCCUAAACCUGGAGAUAGGAUGACGACCACUUUCGGAGCUGAAGAACGGAAACGCAGCUGGUGCAAGCUACCGUCACGAACAUCGUGUUCACGACGGCUGCGAGCUUUUAGCGAUUGGUGCAGACACCGCCCACGACGCCCUCCUAGGCGGCAGCCUUAUGCGCCACGUCUACAAAUCACGCAGGUGUGAUGAUGAAGAACACUCGAAAUAUGAUCAUAAUUCUCGCUAAGUGCUUUAUUGUGAUGUUAAAAUAAUUCGUUGAAAAAUAUUAGAAGUAACCAAUUAAACAAUUUUAUGGUAUUGAACGCUAAGCGAUAAUAAUUGUGUACGUUAGUAGAAAGAUAGAGUUUUAA